CAUAACCCUAAUUCAUUUUAAUUUUGCAGCGGAGUACAUGAACACGUGUGACAUGUGUUAUUGUGCUGGUUUAAGUUAAUUUUAAUUUUCUAUUUCUUUUCAUUAUAGUUUUAAUAAGUUGUGUUAUAUAACCUUGAACUAAACUUUUAAACUCUAAAGUUAAUCUGUAAUUCAAAAUGGUUGGACAACGCAAGAAGAAGUACCAGUCAGGAGAAGGAGUACAGUACAUGUCUCGAGCUCGAGCGAUGAAGAAACUCCAGCUGACUUUAAAGGAUUUCCGGAGACUAUGUAUUCUCAAGGGCAUCUACCCUCGAGAGCCGAGAGUACGGAAGCGUGCCCAACAGGGAAAAGCAGGCAUACAAACGUUGUAUCACAAAAAAGACAUUCAGUUUUUAAUGCAUGAGCCGAUAAUCUGGAAAUUGAGAGAUAUGAAGGUUCAUUUUCGACGACUUGGGAGAGCAAAGAGCUUAAGAAAGUUUGGUGAAAUGAAACACUUGAUGAAGAAACAUCCGAAUUUGACGUUAGAUCACAUAGUCAAAGAGAGGUAUCCGACAUUCAUAGAUGCCUUGCGAGAUCUGGACGACUGCCUGACUCUCUGCUUCCUAUUCGCCAUGUUCCCCAGCCUCAACGGAGUGCCACGAGACCAGAGCGUACUCUGCCGCCGGCUUACCAUAGAGUUCAUGCAUGCCUGCAUCGCUGCCAAGGCCCUACGGAAGGUCUUCGUCUCCAUCAAGGGCUACUAUUUCCAGGUGGAGUUGAAGGGUCAAACUAUCACUUGGAUCAUGCCACACCAGUUUUCUUUCCAGCCCCAGAGCAGAAGAGAGGUGGAUUUUCGUAUAAUGUCAACGUUCACACAAUUCUACACGGUCAUGCUGGGUUUUGUGAACUUCCGUCUGUACCAUUCCCUGAAUCUGUAUUACCCACCGACAUUUGCCUCCUAUUCUGCUUUAGAAGCGAAGGGCAAUGAGUUGGUGGAUGAAGAGGCAUACUUGUCCGAACGUAUUGCAGCCCUCAACCAGCCCUUGGCACGUUCUGGCACGUCGGAGGACAAUUCUGAUGAAGUGGAACUUGAUGCUUUUCCAACGACGGAUGAUCCUGAGAAGCUGGAGGAGGCUAAGGUAGAAGCGGAGAAGUUGCGGAAGUUGAAGACACUGUUCAACGGUCUGAAGGUGUUCCUGAACCGAGAGGUACCCAGGGAGCCCUUGACCUUCGCCCUGCGCUGUUGUGGUGCGGAGGUGUCGUGGGACAAGCAGUUGUUUGUGGGCGCCACUUUUAAUGAGAAUGAUGAGACGAUCACACAUCAGAUUGUUGACCGGCCCUCUAUGGAGACGCAGUAUAUCUCAAGGUACUACGUCCAACCGCAGUGGGUGUUUGACUGUGUCAAUGCUCGGGAGUUACUGCCUGUAGAGAAGUAUCUGCUCGGUUGUGUGUUACCUCCACACCUCUCGCCCUUUAUUGACCCUUCGCGCAAGGAGGAAUAUAACCCGCAGGAGAUGCCAGACCGUUCGCUCAUCACCGCUGCAGCUGAAGGUGGAGAAGAGUCUGAGAAGGAAGAAGAGGACACAAAUAUGGAUGCCACUGCUAACUCUGGUGUUGAGAGUGAGUCUGAAGAUGAAGAGGAUGAAGAAUCUUUUGGUGAAAACGAAGAAAAUGAGGAAGAUACGGAGAAGGAUGCCCUUAGAAAAGCAAAGCGGGCCGGGAUGAUGGUGAGCAGCGGGAAGGUGGAGAAGGAGGAUCCAGCGGAGCAGAGACGGGAGGAGUAUCAGGAGUUCAAGCUCCGUGAGAAGAUGAUUAACAAGAAACACCGUAGACUGUACCAGAGCAUGAUGAAGGGACGGCGGGACCGCAUCAGAGACAAGAAGAUAUUGAUGAAGAAGAGGAGGAUAAUUGACGAGAAAAAGGGAGGGCAUAAAGAACAAAAACAAAUGGUUAGAACUUAGUUCAAACUAGAAGGUUUUUGCUAAUUAUAUUUUUACAAUUACAAGCUAUUGUAAAGAUUUGUAAAUAAACAUUAAUUGUGUACAUAAACACUUUUAAAGUAA